CUGUUUGCAAACACAUGCAGUGGCUACAUCUCACCCACUUGACCCAGCUGACACCAUCCAGACAGACCUAGAGCCAGGGCCAGUGCUGCCAAUGCUUGUUGCUGUGCCCCCACAUCUUCCAUGCACACAUGCCCCCUAUGCCACUGAGGAAUCUGCCCCUUGCAAAGGGCUGAGUCAAGCCCCAGGGCAUGUGCGGGGAAGGGGCACCAUCACCCAGGGUUGGAGAACUAGCAGACACGGGCUGGGAGAAAGGGGUAAAGACUCAUUUGGUCUGGGGCACAAACACUAAUGCUGAACCCAAAUGUGAGGGGGGCAGGCCUGGUUCUGGCUGCAGCCUAGUCUCUGCUCAAUGGGGGCCAAUCUGUACUGCAGUGGGCCUGGUAUUGCUGUACCUCACUGCCUCGAUUCUUGGGUCUCCCCAAGCUGGACUGUGGUCCCAUGGUGUUCAUAUGCAGGGAAUGUAGAACAGCCCGGGACAGCUCUAGAAUAGCACAGAGCUGGGCCUAGGACAGGGGCUCCUUGCGCAGCCCCCCACCCCUUGCUGGCACCACCCCAAAGGGGCUGGCAUGAACUAGGGAUUGCCAGGAAGGUGCUGCCUUUCCGGGCAGUCACACUCAUCCCCCGGGUUAACCAUUAACUCAGGGUAACCCCACACAAGGGCAGCACUGUUUGCUCCACCAGUCUCGCAGUUGGGAGCAUGGGCACCGGACAACUGCACGUCCUUGGCCUGCUGCUGCUGCUGCUACUGGGGCCACAGCUGGCCCAGGGCAGGCCCCUGUACCUGCUGGCAGCCCCCAAUGUGCUGCGCACUGGCAGCCACGAGAUGGUUGUGGUCCAAGCCCAGGACCCAGAUGGGGGCCUGCUGCAAGAUGUGGCUGUCACCAUCCGGAUCUUCGACUUCCCUGCACGGAGGCAGCUGCUGAGUGAGGCGGCCGCAACGCUCUCCUCAACUGGCAGCUUCCUAGCCAAGGCCAUGGUGCAGGUCCCGGCCAACUACAUCUCGUCUGACCCAGCGGAGAAGCAGUACUUGGUGGUUCAGGCCCAGUCCAGCCUCUUCCUCCUGGAGAAGACCAUCCUGGUGUCCCCACACACUGGGUAUCUCUUCUUCCAGACUGACAAGGCCAUCUACACCCCUGGGCAGAGCGUGAGAUACCGGAUCCUGUCUGUCAACCACAUGAUGGACCCACUGGAGACAACCUGUGUGAUUGCUAUCCAGAACCCCGAGGGCAUCACCCUGACCAGCAACUCCUGGCAAAUGGUGAAAGGCUUCUACACUGCCACCUUCUGGAUUCCUGAGCAGAGCACAACUGGCACCUGGAAGAUCGUGGCCUGGUUCCAGCAAUCACCUCAGCAGCCCUACAGCACUGAGUUUGAGGACAAGGAGUAUGUGCUGCCAGCCUUUGAGGUGGAGCUGGUCCCAGACAGAAAGUUCCUUUACCUGGAUGGGAAAAGAGACAGGGAAGUGCUGACCUUCACUAUCAAUGCCAGGUUCAUGUUCAACGAGCCCGUGGAUGGCUAUGCCCUGGCCAUCUUUGGGGUCCGCACGGAGACACAAAGAAACUCCCUGCGGGAAUCACUGCAGAGAGUUGAUGUGAGUCCUCACCUGGGGAGGGGCAGGGUGGGGGCGGGGGUACUCAGGCACCACCAGGCUCUGGCUGGGAUUGGGCCCUGUGGCAGGUGCUGCCCGGGCCCAGCACAGUGCCUCUCCCCACAGAUCACACAGGGGACGGGGACUGCAACCCUGACGCUGGAUGUGCUUCACAAUGCCUUCAAGAACCCUGAGGAGCUUGUUGACGCCAUCAUUUUCAUUAAUGUCACUGUUUUCUCUGCAGGUGGGGACACGGUGCUGGCUGAGAAGUCAGGUGUCAGGAUUGCACGCACAUCCUACCGCAUCCAGUUCUUCCGCAUGCCGGGGUUCUUCAAGCCAGGGAUGCCCUUCAGCAUCAGGGUUUAUGUCACCAGUGUGGAUGAGUCGCCAGCUGUGGGUGUGUGCAUCUGCAGUGAGGCCCAGCAGAGCAGGACAACAGAGGAAGGGCUGGCCUUCCUGAACCUCAACACAGCUGCUGGCCAGAAAGUCCUGGAGAUAGAGGUGCAGACAUGUGAGGCGGGGCUCAUUCCAGACCAGCAGGUCCGGGUUACCAUGACGGCACAUGCCUACCAGACCCAGAGUGGCUCGGGGAACCUGUUGCACAUCCAGGCAGACUUGCAGCCUCCCAGUGUUGGCUCCACCCUGCAGCUCUUGCUCCAGAUCGGGCAACCAAACAACAAUAUCAAGCAGUUCACCAUCCUGGUGCUGAGCAAGGGGCAGAUUGUGGGUGCCUGGGUGCAGCCGUGCAGCCAGGGCAGCACUGUCACGGGGUGGGGGGCUGCAGGUGGAGCCAUCGAUGCUGCCAUCCUUCCGUGUCGUGGCCUUCUAUUACCUGGCAAGUGGAGAGAUUGUGGCCGAUGCUGUGUGGCUGGGGAUCAAGGACAGCUGCAUGGGCACUGCCCGACGGAUAUGCUGCGCUCAUUCCGCCCGGAUGGUGAGCUGAGGCUGAUGGUGACGGGUGAUGCCAGGGCCCUGGUGGGGCUGGUGGCUGUGGACCAGGCCCUGUUGACCCUGGGCAAGAAGAACAAGCUGACACAGAAGAAGAUCUGGGACAUGGUGGAGCGAUAUGACAUCGCCUGCAGCACGGGCAGUGGCCAGAACCAUGUGGGGGUGUUCACGGAUGCUGGCCUGGACAUGGUCACCAACAUUGGCAUCAGAACUGUGGCCAGGACUGGUACCAUCCGUGGGGGCAGGAUGCAUGGAGCUGCUGUGUCCCCAGCAGAGCCAUCACCGUCGCCGAUCCUUGAAGAAGCUAGAAAGGAAGACCAAAGUGGAGGGGUAUGAGACGCCACUGGAGCGGCAGUGCUGCAUGGCCGGGAUGCAGGAGAGCCCCAUGGGACACACAUGUGAGAAGCGUGUGCACCAUGUGCACCAAGGCCCUUCUUGCCGUGCUGCCUUCCUUGACUGCU